UUCCCAGUGAGGUUCAAGGAAAAAAAAAACUUAAACCAACUUCAGGCGGCUCCGAGGAAGCACCGCGAGGACAACGAGACACGGUAAACCAGACCACCUUUCUGUCACACUGUGCAAAAGUUUAAACAGGAAGAAUAAACCCCCCUUAAAGAUGCCGGCCACAGAGAAGGACCUGGCCGUGGACGCUCCGUGGAAGAAGAUCCAGCAGAACACCUUCACCCGAUGGACCAACGAGCACCUGAAGUGCGUCAACAAGCAGCUCGUGGACCUACAAGUGGACCUCGGCGACGGCCUGAAGCUCAUCGCGCUGCUGGAGGUCCUCAGCCAGAAGAAGAUGUUCAGAAAGUACCACUCGAGGCCGAACUUCAGGCAGAUGAAGCUGGAGAACGUGUCGGUGGCUCUGGAGUUCCUUGAGAAGGAGAACAUAAAGCUCGUCUCCAUAGGAGCAAGAAGUCUGGGGCGCACAUGGCCUAGCGGUUUGGUCCGCCCCAUGUACGGCCGUGGCUUAACGAGUAAUCAACGAGUAAUCAACAAGUUAUCAGAGUUGACGAGGAUCGUUCAGAGAAAACAUAACAAACACUACCACAAGAGUCAUCGACCUUUCUGGAACCGAGUGUCUGCUUCUCUCUGAAGAACCUGACCUGCUGUGGACUGAACCCACAUGAGAGAUUUGACAUUUUUUGGGGCCUUUUGGCCGUUUAUUAGACAGAACAGCUCAAGAGAGACAGAACAUUUUUUGGGGUAGAGAGAGUAGGGGAUGACAUGCAGAAAAGGGCCGAGGUCGGAUUAGCAAUCAGAGUCUUCGAAGUUUUAUUAGUAAGUUAAAUGUGUGUUUUUGUUGGAGGCAGGAAGUCAAUACCAUGGCUCCUCCAGCUGAUCCCUCUGGCUUGAAAUGACGCCCGUCAUGGAGGGGAUUUUGAUUUCACCUUUGUCCAACAGGAGGAGGUGUUAAUGUGUUGUCCCAACCCUCUUAAUUCAUCAAAUAUAGAGCUCCAGGUCAUUCAUUUCUCAUCAUAAUUGGAGAGUAAGCGUUGACUCAUUAAAACUUCCUUUGUUGUCACAGAUUAUUUGUAAAGCACUUUUCAGUGAAGCCCUGAAGAGUCCCGCCUCCUCUUUCAUUUAAAAAAGCAGAUUAGGAACCGGUGGCGUGCUGCUGCAGGAGUGCUGAUGGUAAAUGUUUGUCAGGAUGGCGGUCGGCUGACAUCCGCGUGACGAUCGGCCUCAGGCGUGGACCGUUCUGUUCUGUUCUGCAGUAAAUUGCAGGUUAGGAAGCUGAACAUGUGUGUUUGUGAGGUGGUGAUGUAGUCAUCAGCGAGUGCAGAAACAGCUGUUGUAAAAAUGGGAACGGCAGACGUUGUUGCCUCUGAGGGGGAGAGAGAGAGAGUGAGCUACAGUUACCUGAGAGAGUGUUCUAGGUAUCUCACCUGUAGGCAAGGUAUGCCUGGUUUUACAGAUGAAUGUGUUUACAUUGAGACAGAUCUUUUAUAUCGACCACACCGAGGGAGGAGGGGGGUUAACAUUCUUGAAGAAGGCAGCUUCACACCUGUAUGUGUGUAACAGAAUCAGAAUCAUGAGGUGAGAGGAUGUUGACGCAGCGCAAACGGUUACCUGAUUGACUACAAUGGAGAAAACACAAUUUCUCACAAUCUGAAGAAAGUCCAGCCAUUACAGCUUCCAUCCGUUAAUCCAUUAUCUUUAGCUCACAUAUCGAGACAGACGAUCACAUUCACACCUACGGGCAGUUAUAGAGUCACCAGUUAACCUAACGAGCAUGUCUUUGGACUGCGGGAGGAAGCCGGAGAGAACCCACACACGCACGGGGAGAACAUUCAAACUCCACCCAGAGAGGCUCCUGUCAGACGGGGAUUCAAACCAGGAACCUCCUCGCUGUGAGGCUAACAGCACUAACCACUGCACCACCUUUACAGCUUCAGACAGAAAAGGUCUACAUUAGCAGCAGACGGCCUCCAGUGAUAUUUUUGACCACAAUGUGAUGUCAUUUCUUGAAGUAAAAAAAAACCUGUUUUUAUUUCAAAUUUUCCUAAUUAUACACAAAACAAUUCUGAAUUAAGAUGCAUGUAAAAAUAAAACAAAACUCCAAAAGAUGUCCUGAAAUGAUCUGCAUUUGUGAACACAGACGGCAAGUUUAUUCACCUCCUUU